AUGGUCGUCCAAGAGGGACUGGACCUGCGUCUAAUGGACGUUGUAACGGCCUAUCUAUAUGGUUCACUAGAUUCUGAUAUUUAUAUGAAAAUUCCCGAUGGAUUUAAAAUGCCAAACUCUAGCGCUCCUCGUGAGCUGCACUCAAUCAAAUUACAGAGAUCAUUGUAUGGUCUAAAGCAAUCCGGUCGCAUGUGGUAUCAUAGAUUGAGUGAAUACCUUAUCAGGGAAGGUUAUAAAAAUGAUCAUAUUUGCCCAUGCGUUUUUAUUAAAAGAUCAGAAACCGGAUUUGCUAUUAUUGCGGUUUAUGUAGAUGACAUGAACCUCAUUGGCACUCGUAAAGAGUUGGCCAAUGCUGCUGAAUACUUAAAGAAAGAGUUUGAGGUCAAGGACCUUGGAAAAACCAAACUCUGUCUUGUUCUGAGCCUACCCGAAGACACUGGAAUGGUAUUAAACAUAUUUUUAGAUAUCUCCGUGGUACUGCAGAUUUGGGAUUAUUUUAUUCAAAGAAUGCAACUAACCAAGGGUAUAUCUUGGCGAUCUACCAAACAGACAUUGGUGGCCACCUCCUCAAAUCAUUCAGAAAUAAUAGCUCUUUAUGAGGCAGGCAGAGAAUGUGUUUGGCUACGAUCGGUUAUUUCGCAUAUACAAAACUCCUGCCAAUUACAUCCAGUUACAGCCUCGCCCACAGUCAUUUACGAAGACAAUGCUGCUUGUAUAGCGCAAACAAGGGGCGGAUACAUAAAAGGUGAUAGGACCAAACAUAUAUCACCAAAGUUCUUCCACACACAUGAGCUUCAGAAGAAUGGAGAGAUCGAUGUUCGACAAGGGAGCAAUGGUGUGCUGCAGUACUCUUUUUCCCUUAUGACUGGUUUUGUCCCAUUGGGUUUUCCAGCAAAGGUUUUUAACGAGGCAGCUUAUGCACACGGCUUGGAUUGA